CUUAGCCCAGCCCAACCAGUUUUACUGAAACAUCAUCAUAGCUAUAUCAGCCCUAAGUACAACAAGCAAAUUCUUCUGGUGUUUCAAAACCCUGGUCAGCAUCAAAUCAUCUGAUGUUUUGUUCCAGAGCUAGACAACAUGGAACCCUUUCUCUCCUUUCAAAUCUCUUCAAAAAAUCAUCAAAACCCUCUUUAUUUUCAUCAAUCUCAAAUCCCAAUAUUUCAAACCCAAAAACCACCACCAAGAGACCAACUUCACUUGCUACACUUAACCCACAAGAAACUUCACUGACUGUAAGUAUUACUUCCUCUCCUGUUGCUUCAAUAUGCUCUUUACUUUCUAACAGUGUUAAAGAACCGGUAAAUAUUGAGUCGUUGUUGGAGGGCUAUAAAGAAAUGUUGAAUUCUGAUAUUGUGCUACAAGUCUUGAUGAAUUAUAAGCAGUUAGGGAGGGUUAAAACAUUAGAAUUCUUUUCUUGGGCUGGGAUGCAAAUGGGCUUUAAGUUUGAUGAUUGUGUGAUUGAGUACAUGGUUGAUUUCUUAGGAAGGAGGAAGCUUUUUGAUGAUAUGAAGUGUUUCUUGAUGACAGUUUUGUUUCAUAAUGGUCGUGUGACAUGUCGUGCAUUUUCUAUUUGUAUUAGGUUCUUAGGCAGGCAAGGGAGGUUUAGAGAAGCCCUUUGUUUGUUUCAAGAAAUGGAGGCAAAGUUUAAUUGUAGACCUGAUAAUUUUGUGUAUAAUAAUAUGCUUUAUGUGCUUUGUAAGAAGGACACAUCUGGGGAACUAAUUGAUGUUGCGCUUAGUAUCUUUCGAGGAAUUGAAUCGCCAGAUACAUAUUCGUACAGUAAUGUUCUUGUCGGUUUGUGUAAAUUUGGUAGGUUUGAGACUGCCAUUGAAUUUUUUCAAGAAAUGGGUAGGGCUGGAUUGGUGCCAACACGGUCUGCAGUGAAUUUUCUUAUGAGGGAGUUGUGUUUGUUGAGUGCAAAAGAAGGGGCUGUCAACGAAGUUAGGGUACGUGGUUCUCGUAAACCAUAUACAAUUUUAGUUCCCAAUGUGGGUCCAAAGAGUGGUGCUAUACGUCCUGCUGUUGGCGUGUUUUUGGCUGUUUGUGAUCUUGGUUUAUUACCUAGCACUUUCGUUAUAAUCCAGCUCAUAACAGAGCUUUGUAGAUUGGGAAAGAUGACAGAGGCUUUUGAGAUUCUAAAAGUAGUCGAGGAAAGAAAGCUAAAUUGUGUGGCUGAGGGUUACUCCAUUGUGAUGCAGGCUUUAUGUGAAUAUCACUUAGUUGAGGAAGCUAGUCAUUUGUUUGGAAGAAUGCUUUCACUUGAAUUGAAGCCAAAGUUGGUAGUUUACAAUUCUAUUAUUUGUAUGCUAUGUAAAGUGGGGAGAUUGGAUGAUGCCCAGAGGGUGUUUCAGAUAAUGAGCAAGAAAAGAUGCCUUCCGGAUAGUGUAACAUAUACUGCAUUAGUUCAUGCUUAUGGUGAAGCUAGGAAUUGGGAGGUUGCUUAUGACUUGUUGAUGGAAAUGUUAGGGUUAGGUUGGAUUCCACAUUUUCAUGCAUAUACUUUGGUGGAUAAACUGUUGAGAGAACAUGGGCGAAUAGAUUUGUCCAAUAAAUUGGAAAGGAAGUUGGAAUCACAAAUCUUGCAUAAGCAUUGUCAAGCAGGUCAAUUGGAGGCUGCUUAUGAGAAACUGAGAUCAAUGCUUGAAAAAGGUUUCCACCCACCCAUGUACGUAAGAGAUGCUUUUGAGCAUGCAUUUCAAAAGUAUGGCAAAUUGGAAAUAGCUCGUGAGUUGCUACAAAAUAUGGACAAAGCUUGCGAGCCUUCUAAGACAGAAAUUAGGGGUUCCUGAUGAGUUUGAUCAAGCAGUUAAGUGUACUUCCCGUGUUUUUGAUCAGUGACGAUCAAUUAUAAGCAGUAACUAUGGCAUAUGCUUUGCAUGAACUUUCAUAUACUUAACAAACCAAGAAUCGCUACAAGAGUCAUGGUCUUGGUUGCGUGGAGAAGGCUUGACAAUACUUUAAGGCUUUCUGAAUGAACUAGGUGCUGCUAUCUGAUGAGUGUAAUGGCAGAGAUACCUGCUGAGAAUUCCUGAGCAAACAGUUCUGUUUACAUAGAUUCUUCUAAUGUUAACUAUUUCCACCAAGGAUUAGACCCUUCUUUUCUGCCAUGGAAAACAUUUUCCAAGCUAGAUGAUGAUCUUAAAUGUGGAUCCUAGUGACUGCAAGCAGGUAAUUUUUUAAGGAAGCGCUGCUCCUGGGUAACAGAAGAAAGCUAUUGCCGAGAUAAUGGUUGGUUCUCAGGAGAGAAAACAUUGGAAUCUGUGAUGGCAAGGAUGACCUGAUCGCUGCUUGGUCAAGGAAUGUGUCACUCGUACAACAUUUCGAUGCUAGAGCUUACUUGUUUAAGCUUGUGCGGCAUUGAUCUCUACUUGCCUUGCUAAUUUUUUGUAUGCUGCAUAAGCUAGAAUUUAGUUGAUUUGCUUGCUUCAAAGUAUUUGCAUCUUCCCGGAUUAGUUAGAGUUUUCAACAUUAACCGGGUGGUGGGGAUACCGGAUCCACAUCACAUAUUACAAGUGUAUAAACAAAGAUGACAGAGAAUAGCUUAACCCUGACUUUUUGGUUAGGAGGUUGAGCCCGUCCAAGCCCAAGCCUUUGAAUUUUUAUUUGGAUUUAUUAUUUAUUUAGUGAGCUUUGAAUCCAAUUCAGGUUGUUUUAGGUCUUUACUAUUUAUAUGUAAUUUUUCUGCAUGAUGGACAUUUUGUGAUGAAUUAAUAAAAGUUGCAGAGUAGCAGACUCUCCUCCUCCUCUUCUUCAGCU